AUGCCAUUGUUUCACGGUUGUUUGAGAGGUUUGCGGAGGCGCAUGGCUGCAUGUGUCACCGCUGGUACGGAACCACAGGCGGCGCCAGGAUGGUACCUGCACGGCGCUUCAAAUGCACCAGGUGGAGCCGUCCUGGUUGCCGGGUCAAUACCGGCUGGCAUAUGCAUCGGAGUCAUGUCACUUCCAUGUGAGAGAUCGCUCGAACGAACGACAAUGAAAAGUGUCGGCCGUUACUUCGACCUGCAGCCAAUACGUGCGGACCUGACAUGCCCGGACAUGUCGCAGACCACCGUCCCAACACCUGCGGGAAGAAAGUGA